ACGUCACCAAGUUGUUUGCUCAUGAGCACCCAACAUGCUGAAGGCUCUUCCUCCAACCCACUAACGUCAACCACAACCAAAAAAUCCGGUAUACGAACAGCCCUCAGAUAUACUGGAAUCCCACCGUCAUGGCUCGACAAACGCCCCAAACUACCAUCUCGAAAUUGGCUCAUAUUUCUCUCCGUCACGUCCAGUAUCACAGGUUAUUACAUCUACGACAGACGACAGUGUAAACGUAUCAGACAAGAAUAUGUGGAGAAGGUGAAGCACAUAUCAGAGGAAACCACUGAUCACUUCUCGUGGCCACGAAAGGUCACGGUUUACGCUGCACGCUGGCCAGGAGACGAGGAUUGGGAUCAAUGCAUGAGGUACUUUCGGAAGUACGUCAAGCCUAUCUUCGUUGCUGCCGCGAUAGACUAUGAAAUGAUCACUGGCAAAAGACACGGAGACUUAACGGAUCGCAUCGCUGAAGAAAUCUGCAAGUCGCGUCGUUUAGACGUUGGACUGGACCCCGCACCAUCUCCAGAUGCAUUCCCACCCAACUAUCCGUUUCGCUCACUUGCUCAGCUUCGACAGCAAAGAUUGGAAGGCGGCAUUGUCAUUGUUGGACGGUCGACUUGGAAGGAGUUUAUGGCCGGAUUGAAAAAAGGCUGGGCUGAGGGACUUGAGAACGUUGACCACGAGGAAGCACUCUCACAGGAGCUGGAGAUGGAUGGGAGAUUUGACGAGCCUGAUGAAGUCCCGAAGGACCCAGGAAACGUCGAACCGGAGAAUUCUACUACAUCUUCAUCAUUGACACCUUUCACGGCCGGUACUCCGCCCAUUGCUGCGCUCCAGUAUCGUUUACCAAUACAAGCCCAAAAACAAGCCUCAUCGUUGACUUCUAGAUCUAAUUCGAAAAUCACCGAAGCCUUGAAUACACCUACAACAUCCAUACCCCUUCUUCCUCCCAUCCUCUUCGUUCCCUUCACAAAUUAUCUUGGAUUCUCACAAAUCCCGUAUAUGAUCUGGGACUUUUUCAAUGAACGUCGCAAAGUUAAAUCUGGAGCUGAAGCAGGCUACCGUCUGGUUAUGAACUGCACACGCCCUUUCGAUCCCCCUCCACCAGAACCAAAAUCUCUUUUCGACGACAUAGCCUCCAACUCUUCACGAGUACCUAAAGGUGACCUGGAUUUGGGAAAGGAGGUCGAGGUCUUCUAUCGCAGUUCCUUGUCAACCAUGCACGAUGAUAUAGAGAAGGAGCGGAAGAAGUACUAUGACGCGCUACCUGCCAAGCUGGAAACUGCCAGAGCAAUCGCACGCGGUCUGAGGGAGCCUAACAAGGAGGAGUUAGAAAACCCACCAAAGACUGAGGUCGAACUCAGAGCGGAGAGAAUGAAGAAGGAGAAGAGAUGGAGAGCAGAUGCAAAGGGGUGGGAUAUCGUCAAACCCGACAGUGAUGUGGCAUAUGACGAGAGGCUCAAUGAUGCGUUGAGGAUGUUUGUGGACCCAUGA